CUGAAAUGGACAACUGGGUUAAAUCUGCGAAGAUUUCCUACAAGCGGUGGAGUAAUCCUGAACUUAGGGAUGAGACAGAUUUUGUUGGUCAGACUGAUGAGGAUCAGACCACAGACAAUGAGAUCUGCACCAUAGCUUCAGCCGCACCUGAUUCAGGACGAGCAGAGUCUGCAUCCAGCUGUGGAUCCGAUAAGAUUGAAGAAACCUUCACCGUAGACGAAGCCCUGGAGGCCAUCGGCUUCGGAAAGUUUCAGUGGAAAAUCUCUCUCCUCACUGGACUGUCAUGGGUAGCGGACGCCAUGGAGAUGAUGAUCCUCAGCAUCUUGGGCCCUCAGCUGCACUGUGAAUGGAGGCUGCCCAGCUACCAAGUGGCACUCAUAACAUCGGUGGUGUUUGUCGGGAUGGGGAUCAGUUCGCCCGUGUGGGGGAAUGUGUCCGACAAGUACGGCAGAAGAGUCGGUCUGACGAUUUCCAUGUGCUGGACUCUGUACUACGGCCUGAUGAGCGCCUUCAGCCCGGUGUACGGCUGGCUGUUGGUCCUGCGAGGCCUCUUAGGUUUUGGCAUCGGAGGAGCUCCUCAGUCGGUGACGCUGUACUCAGAGUUCCUUCCAGUGAAGGCAAGAGGCAUCUGCAUCAUGCUGAUCGCGGCGUUCUGGGCGAUCGGUGCCGUGUUCGAGGUCCUCCUGGCCUUGUGGAUAAUGCCCACUCUGGGCUGGAGGUGGCUGCUCGGCCUGUCUACGAUACCAAUGGCGAUCUUUGUUUCCUUUUGCUUUUGGCUGCCUGAAAGUCCUCGCUUUGACGUGCUGACGGGAAGAAGAGAAAAGGCCAUGGAAACUUUAGCACGCGUUGCCAAAGAGAACGGCAAGACCAUGCCUCAGGGGAGGAUGAUGGCUUAUAAACAGGGUGACCGCGGACGGAUUAAAGACCUCUUUGCUGCUCAGUACUGGAGGACGACUCUUCUUCUGUGGUUUAUAUGGUUCGCGAACGCCUUCUCCUAUUACGGGAUUGUCCUGUUGACAACGGAGCUGUUCCAGGCUGGAGAUUCAUGCGUGGCGACCCAAGGAGCCAAGAUCGAACCGACCUGCAGCCUCGAAUGUAAAUAUUUAACAUCAGCAGACUACAAGGACCUUCUAUGGACGACCUUGGCUGAAUUCCCAGGUCUUCUUGUUGUCCUUCUGGCAGUUGACCAUAUCGGCAGGAAGAAAAGCAUGGCGCUGUGUUUCUUCAUGUUUUCUUUAUGCGUUCUGCCUUUAUUCGCUUGUAUUGAGAGAAUCGCUCUUACGAUCCUAAUCUUCGUUGCCAGAGCCUUCAUCUCUGGAGGAUAUCAAGUCGUAUUUGUUUACACACCAGAAGUGUUUCCUACAGAAAACAGAGCCUUAGCAAUGGGGACUUCCAGUGCGAUGGCCAGGGUGGGUGCCCUGAUUACACCCUUCAUUGCUCAGGUGAUGCUCAGGACUUCGGUGUAUUUGACCCUGUCGGUGUACGUUGGCGUUUCCGUGCUGGCUGGCGUUGCGUCCUUGAUCCUGCCCAUUGAGACGCUGGGCAGGAGCCUGCAGGAGUCCAGUCGUGACCAGGAAGCUGGAGGACAAACAACCAGCCAAUCAAACGGCACGACAGACUCCACGGACCAGCGAUAGGUCGACCAGGAAGGAAGGGAGAAAAAAAAGGUCAAAGAAAGGAUGUUGUGUCACCUCCUGGCCUCCUGCUGAUGCCACAUUUGUCUGUUUGACGAUGGACUGAGUCAUCUGAGCGCCGAUGGGCGAAGAGCGGCAGGGAACAGUCUUAUUACAGGCAGGUAGGGAUAAUCGAGGGUCGGCCUUGUGAGAGAGGAAGCCCAGUCGUACUCGGGCUGGUUUGUUUACCUUCUCCUACACUGAGAGAAGCACCAGAGGGACAUUAUGGAGGAUGAUGAUGCACCAUGGACCAAACGUGAUCUCAAGAGAGACCAUUUUUCUUAAAUGUUGAAUAAAAUGAUUUUUAAAAAGAGG